CUUUAAAGUCCGACAAAUGUUAAUAUUUUUUUUUGUAGCGGUGCAGUGUGCGGUUGCGGUUUCGGCCGCAAGCGAAAGCGGCCAAAAUGAAAUUUCGGUCGAUUUGUUUCCGAGAUUGCCUAUGGGAAUUGUGGAUACGGAUAAUGUCUUGUGUCGGGAGCAUUCCAGGAUUUAUUAUGAAAACUUGAAAAAUUUCAGUUUGUGGGCUUAUGAAAUGAGUGAUGCAACAUCAAAAUCAGUAACAGGAAUUCUGCGUGGAAAUAUCGCACAGUUCGGACAAUUUGAGGAGUGUUUGACAUUAGAAUCGCCGUUUCCAACUCAAUAUUGCAUAACGACUAUCAUUGCUGAUAUACCGGCACCAAAUCCUCCAAGAAAUCCGAAAUCACUCAUAUAUUUGCCAAAUGAAUCUGUUCUCCGGAAGAUUUAUGUCAUGUGCGGGUGUGGUGGCAACACUUCUUAUAUAAUCUGAUUAUGAGGUCCUGCCAUAUUUCGUCAACUGCAAAAUUUAUAUUAAUAUUUUUU